GGCUGCCUAACUGGGUUUCUAGGGGUCCUAUAUCAUCACAUCGCAGUUCAUGUGGCUCAGUGAAAGCAAUGACAGUUUAUGAGAUUAAAUAGAUGUCUGUCAUUUGUUACAACGUAUUUAUGUCAUGCUACGCGCUGUAGUUAUGAUCCUUAUUUGCAACUAAAUAUCUCCAUUAUUCUUCAAUCUUAAAGUCGAGUGUAAAUUAUGUGGGGAAUCACUGCAUCACGGUUUGUCCUUCAAGGCUGCUGGAAUUUUUCACAUCUACAGUGUUCCUUGAAUCGCAUACAGAACUUGUCACAAACAGCAUGCAAGAACACAGUUGUUGUGGAGCGCUGGUGGACGGUCCCUUUGUCAAAGGAGGGAAGGCCACCCAGACUUUAUGCACGAAGACACAAAGUGUACCGCUUGGUCGAGGACACAAAACAUAAGGGCCAAGACAAAAUGGAACUCAUUCUUACACAGACAGUUCCAAAGCUUGGUGGACGAGGAGACACAGUUUUUGUGAAAAAGUCAGUAGGCCGCAACACCUUACUACCCCAGGGCCUGGCUGUCUACCCCUCACAGGAAAACAAAGAUACGUUUACAGAGGAAAGAAGGCUACUGAGAGAAGGACGGCCAGAAGACAGAAUCCAGACACGCACCGGACAGCUAACUGUUGAGUUCCUGAAGCAAACAAAGCUUGAAGUCGGCAUGCACACUUCCAUUCAGUACUCGCUCACCAAAGAGAUUGUUUGCCGACAGUUUCUUAGAAAGCUUGGUGUGGUUGUACCUACACACGCCCUAUCGCUUCCUGAAGAGCCAAUGACAGACCUGGGAGAGUACUGGUGUGAUGUCACAGUGAAUGGAGUGGACACAGUCAGGGUGCCCAUGUCUGUGGUGCCAUUUGUGGAGCCGAGACAACUGAGACUUAUGAAGAAACAAAAAGAACAGUCUGAUUCAGAAUAGUGUUUAG